AUCUCAAAAACCGACAGCCUGGGAAGGAAAAGAAAGUCACGGACUACACCAAGCUUUUCUUCUCUUCAGUUCCCCUAUAAAUAACAGUCUUUCCCUAGCUUAGCUCCUCCACUCCAAACUCGAUAGCAAUCGACUUAAAACUACUCGAUCUCAGAGACCAAAAAUGGAGAGAGUGAAGAUUCUGGCACUUAUAGUGGCAGUCGUAAUGGUUAUGGCUAUUGCUGUAACUGAUGCUCAAGGCAUAUGCAACAUGCCAGCUUCAGGUUUGAUGGCAUGCAAACCAGCUGUGACCCCUCCCAACCCUCCUCCGCCGACGUCGACCUGUUGCUCCUCUCUCUCCCACGCUGACAUGCGCUGCCUUUGCUCCUACAAGAACUCCAAGCUGUUGCCUUCCCUUGGUAUUGAUCCCAACCUUGCCAUGCAACUCCCUAGCUUGUGCAAGCUUCCUAAUCCUGCAAAGUGCUAAAGCCUUGUGUCAAUAUUUGGUCUACAUAUCAACCAAAUGAUUGCGGGACCAAAUAUAAGAAAAAAAAAAUUCUGCUUCACGUAAUUGUACUGAACUUUGGGCUUUACUUCUCUUUCGUUUUCCCUUUCCAUUGAUCCUAUAUGCUUUUUUCAGUCUUUAUUUUUUAUGUGCUGCGUGCUUUCAUUGGUAUCAUGUAAUCAUGUACGUGUUGUGUGAUUUCUUAUGAAUAAUCUUAUAUAUGUGUUGCUAUAUAA